AUGCGAGCCAAUAGGGCAAACAAAAAGGGAGGUCGACUGGUCUUUAUAUACUUAGGACCAAACGACAUCGCCAUAGAUGUCUAUUGCUAUUCAAUCAUAGCAGGGGAAGUGCUAGACUUUCUCUUUGACUCCACUUGCAAGGCCAUGAUCGCAGACGACAUUAGGCAGGCUUUCUAUGG